UUUCAUAGAUUUUCAUCAGCUGUUUACAACUUCACAUGUCUACGUUCCCCGAAUAUAACUGUGAGUGAUACAUACAAAUGAACAAAUGAAACAGUGUGAAAUAUCAACCAAGUUGUGUCGGAAAAUCGAUAACUGAAAAUAGUUUCGUAUUGAAUGAGAUAAAAUAUUUUGUACGCUAAUUAACAUCAGUAAAUCUAUUUACAAUAUCAAAACAUCCAGGUGUUUUGAACACCUCCAAAAUGAACAAAACACAUUCAGUUUAUUAUAACCUUAAAUCACAUUUUAAAUCAUAACUGUCUUAUUCUCUCAUUUGUAUAUAUUUGUUUCUGUAGAAUUCCUCGAAUUACCAUGGGAUCCAAUCGUUCUUAACCAUCAAACGGCCAUGAGUCAAAGCUCUCUAAGCAACGAGUUAUUUUUCUACGGAAUGGGGUCGCUAACCCUAUGCCCAACCAUCCUCCUCUGUCCGGGCUUGGGACCGGCAGGAGCUCCAGGGGGCUCCAGACGGAGUUAGUUAAAUUUGUCUAUCAAAUUGAAAUUCUCGCCUUUGAAUUCACCACUUUUCUUAUUGUACAUACACACAGACUCGAACCGAGCACUUCACAGGUUGUUCAUCCAAUACACUUGGCUGCCCUAACUUCAUGGGCUUCAAAUGAAUCGGUGUUGCCCGAAUCCUUCAUCUCAUCAAUACACCGAGGAAGUGAUGUACUGAAAACACUUGGUUACGCUGAUUUGGGUGUACCACCACAUUACGGUACUCCAGAAAACCAGGUCGUCAAUAUAACUAGUUACCUGAUCAAUGAUCCACAAUUUAGACAAAUAUUCUAACUUUAUAUUUUACAUGUGAUAAUUUACUUCUGUUGUCAAUAUUGUUUUGUGUAAAUUGCGUGAUACUUGUAAGCUAUCUGUGCAUAUUGUUUUCAAAUCGUUUGUUGUUAGGAAAGUCAAGAAGUGUAUUUCUAAAUAUUGUGAAAUGUUAACAUUUCCAAUUUAUUGUUAAUGGUGUAUAGAUUUCAAGCGUUAAUUAUUUUGAACUGUUAUGGUUGUCGGUGAUGGUGAUGGUAAUGGUGACGUUUUGUAUUGUAGUAAUUUUCUACAUUGUAUUUUCUAUUUCCAUAUUCAUAUUACUUCUCUCUUUCUCUCUUCC